CUUAUACCAUCUCUAGAAAAAAACAAGACGCGGUGGGAAAACGUUUGCCGUAAAAAUAUCUCAAAAAAGCACUGAAAAACCAUAAAAUAAGACUUUGCAUUGCAUUUAACUAAUAAUACCUAUAGUUUGCCAUGGCUCUUGUGAAACCGAAAUCAGAACUAACACCGGAGGAGCUGGCCCGCCAGGAGGAGGAGGAGUUCAACACCGGGCCACUGUCCGUGCUCACGCAGUCGGUGAAGAACAAUACCCAGGUGUUGAUCAAUUGCCGCAACAAUAAAAAACUUCUGGGAAGAGUCAAGGCCUUUGAUCGCCACUGCAAUAUGGUGCUGGAGAAUGUGAAGGAGAUGUGGACAGAGUUACCGCGCACCGGCAAGGGCAAGAAGAAGGUGAAGCCGGUGAAUAAGGAUCGUUUCAUAUCGAAGAUGUUCCUGCGCGGCGACUCGGUAAUCCUGGUACUCAGAAAUCCCCUAGCCACGGCGGCAGGCAAAUAAUGGAAGCCAUCAUUCAAUCAAUCAAUAAACACAAAUUCGAUUCUCUAAGUUAAACAAAAAAAAAGGUAUC